AAAGGGUCCACAAAAUUCCCGCAAUUUAUUUCCCGCCAAUACAAGAAGCUAAAUAUUCCCGCCACAUCUCUCUCUUUUUCUCUCUUCCAUUUUCCCCCAAACCCUAACAAUUCUUUUCAAAAUAAAAAACAAAAUGCAAUCACCAAAUCGGAAAAGAAAAUCCAUAAUGGAAGGUCAGUUUACACGGAGCAAAUCUCAGAUCUACUUGCACUGUAACAGGUCGGGUCGAGUUCGGGCUGACCCGACCCGAUUCAAGCGCCACGACCCGCCGGUGAAAAGGGUAGUUGUGGAGAACGGGGAAAGUAUUCGUACACCUAUUAAGGAUCUUCGUGCUCAUAGGGUCUUCUCUCCAGCUACUCCUAUUGUUUUACAAAAUGAUGAUGAUACUAUUCAUUUGAAGAAAAGUGAAAUACCUGUUGGGGUAAAAAAGUGCGGUCAAAUAGGAAUUGACAGUAAUGGAGUUGGGGUUGAGGAGGUAAAUGGUGAUAUAUUUGGGGUAAAAAAGUGUGGUGAAACAGUAAAUAAGAAUGAAGGAGUGGGUAAAAUUGGAAUUACUGUGUCCAUUCCUAAGAGUAAUUUGGCUGUGAGUUCGAGUUUGCGUAGGAAGGUGUUCAUAGCUCCAAGCUCAUUUAGCUACAGAAGAUUGCUGCCGUAUUUGACAGAUGCUGCGCGAGAGUAUUCUGAAAUUGAUACACGUGAUGCAUUAUCCAAGUCCAGCGAUCCAACUUUGAGUUAUCUGAAACCUGAGCUGCAAUCAACGGCUAGUAAUGGUUCUGCUUCUGAUGUCAGAAGAUCACUAGGAAACGUAGAAGGUCAGAAGAUCGUACCCAACGUAUCAGGGGGCCCACAGCAUCUCAAUGAAAUCCCUGGUGUUUUGUCCCAGACUCAGGUGGAGUCUCGGGUGUUUACCAAGGGGGGAGGACUUAAUCCUGAGGCAUUGGAAGAAUGUGUCCAGACUACACCACCAGAUACUGACAUUUUCUGUAAAGCUAAUGUGAGCCAUAAUUCUGAGCAGAUGGAGAAAAGUUUUGCAGGUCAUCCAUCAGACAGAAGAAAUGGCUACAUUGUAAAGAAGUCUAAUUUGACUCCCGGGAAAAAUGGCAGUGUUUCGAGAAAUAAAUUGGCUCUAAAUCCUUGCUCUAGGCUGAAGGUAUUCAAAGCUGCAAGCUCUGUUAGCUACAGAAGACUGCUUCCAUUUCUGAUGGAUGUUGCAAAAAAUGAUACUGGAGGUGCUUCAAGUGAAAAUGGACUUCCUAAAUUUCAGAGGGACUUGGAGUGCAACCGACCUUUGAUGCCUGUGAGUAAAGAGGUUCCUACAAACAAAGAGUAUUCUCCCAAGAAAGAUGAAAUCAAAGAACAAGAGACAAAGUUACUUGAACCAAAAUUUACCUCAGCCAAUGACGUGAGUGAAUCAUUCAAUAAGAUGCCAUGGUCCAUGUUUCCUGAUGAUGUGGCCAAUUCCAAAACAUUACUUCAUGUCGAGAUUGAAAGAGAAUCUGAAGCAGAGUGUACUGAUACAAGUAAUGCAGAAAAGUCGGAAGUACCAGAAUGUCUGAAUAAUGAUAUCAAUAAUUUUAAUCCUGGAGCAAUCAAUGUAAGCCGGGAAACUUCAAUAGCUAUCCCAAACCUCUUGCCUAUCAGUCUUGAAGAUUUGCUAAGUGAAUAUGGGGUAGAAGAUCCAAAAGUCGAGCCUGUUAGUCCUGAAGGAGAUCGCAUUACUUUGGAGGUAGACUGUAAUGAAGAAAAUAGGAAUUCUGGCGAUCCGACUGGUACUGUAGAAAUUCAUUCAGAUGCUAAUGAGGCUCUAAAGAAGGAGCUUUUCCCCAAGAUAUCAGAACCUGCGCCUGUCAAUAAUGAAAGCAGCUGCAAGGUUUUGCUGGCAGAUAGCAACGGAGACAGUGAAGGGCUUAACGAAGUUGCUUUGAUCACAUCAUCCUCUUCCACUGAACCAUCUGAUCUUUCAGGAUAUGGUAAUGAUGGUCCCACCAAAACCCUAUGCAGCGAGUCCAUACAAGAAAUCUCACAAUCUAGUGAUAAUCUAAACAAAAAUGGAUGCCUUGAACCAGCUAUUUGUCACCAGAAAUCAACUCAGAACGAAUCAUCAUCAUAUGAUUUGGUUACUCAUCCUGAUGUUCUCAACAAAGGGAUAUUAAAGAGAAAUCGUAGGGGAUGUAGAGGUCUGUGUAACUGUCUGAAUUGUGCAUCAUACCGCCUGCAUGCUGAGAGAGCUUUUGAAUUUUCUAGAAAUCAGAUGCAAGACACUGAAGAAGUGUCUCUGGGAUUGAUGAAGGAGUUGGCUGAUAUGCGGAUUUUCUUGGAGAAACACCUUUCUACUGAAAACGGCCUUGCUCCUAUCCCACUUACUCAGCUCGAGGUUGAAGAAGCAUGUACAAAAGCACUGGAAGCAGAACAACGUGCAAAAGAACGUCUUAGCCAAAUGAAUAAUGAACUCAACUAUCACUGCAGAGUCCCGUCUUUGUACCGGCCAAGAGUGACAUUUUCCGCUCAUAUUGAAGAUAAAACUGUUGCAAAAAUAGAAUCAUCUAGUUCGAAAUCUGAGAAUGAAGAUAUCAAAGCAGGGACAAAGCGUACCCGAAAGAAGCAUCACUAAGCUAGUUUCCAUGUUCUCUUUUUUUUUUUUUCUUUUUCUUUUUUCAAGUUCCAUGCUUCUUGUUAUCAAAGUUGACUUGUAGAUAGGUGACUUAGUCCAUAAUAUAUGUUUAUGGUGGAAGCUACAAUUCUUGGUACUACUUCAGAAAUGAGAUUAUUAUUUACUUCUA